AUGUCAACCACCAACCAAUCCAACACCAACUCUUUGCCUUUUCUCCCAACGGGCAUCCCUGGCCUGGAAGCUCUCCACGUGUGCAUUUCCAUCCCAUUCUGCUUUACAUACAUCAUGACCUUGCUGGGAAAUAGCAUGGUCCUUCUUGCUGUGAGGCUGGACAAAAGCCUCCAUGAGCCUAUGUACUAUCUCAUUUCUAUGUUGGCUGUCAUCGACGUCAUCUUCUCAACUGCUGUAGUUCCCAAAAUACUGGGUGUAUUCUGGUUGGAUUCAAGGGAGAUUGGUUUUGAAGCCUGCUUCAUCCAGAUGUUCUUCAUCCACACAUUCACUGCAGUGGAGUCAGGGAUGCUCCUGGCAAUGUCCUUUGACCGGUAUGUAGCCAUCUGCAACCCCCUGAGAUACAACGCCAUCUUAACGAGCUCAAGGACCAUCCAGAUAGGACUGCCAUCUCUGGCCAGGGGAGCUGGUGUCAUGACACCUUUAAUGUGCCUCCUCACCAGCUUACCCUACUGCAAAACCAGACUCAUCCUUCAUUCCUACUGCGAGCACAUGGCUGUGGUGGAGCUGGCCUGCGCCGACCUGUCUGUCAGCGAUCUCUACAGCCUCAUCGUGGCAACACUAUUGGUGGGGACAGACUCUGUCUUCAUCACCUUCUCCUAUGGUAUGAUCCUCAGGUCUGUGAUGAGGCUGCCAUCCCAAGAGGCACGUCUCAAGGCCCUCAGGACCUGCAGGUCCCAUGUUUCCAUCAUCCUGCUGUUUUACAUAGGUGGCCUACUCUCCAUGUACCUGCAGAUGUUCUCUUUCAGAUUGGCACCUCACUGA